AUGUCCUCCAACGCCUACUCCGGCCCCGGUGAUGACGGCGGGACGCCCUACGAGGCGGGGGUGGCCGUCGUCGUCAGCGUGCUCUUCGUCCUCGCGCUCGUCAGGCUGGCCCGCUACAUCCUAGGCCCGCCCAGUGACGGUGAGGCGCAGCAGCAGCCAGCCCAGGGCCGCGGUGACGGCGAGCCUCAGCCGGAGGUGGCCGUGGAGGUGCGGUCGGUGGAGGCGCUGGUGUGCGCGUACCGGAGGGGAGACGGGUGGCGGGAGGCCACAUGCCCCGUGUGCCUGUCCGACUUCGCCGACGGCGAGACCGUCAGGGUGCUGCCGGCGUGCAUGCACUACUUCCACGCAGCGUGCGUCGGCGAGUGGCUGCGCCGCAACACCACUUGCCCGGUCUGCCGCACCACGCCACCGCCGCCUUCACCAGCAAGGUCUCCGGUCAAGGCCACCUCCAUGGCGUGA